GUCUUGCCUGGGGGGGUUUGGCGGUUGCCCCAAGAUGGCGGACUCGGUUGGCGUGCGACAAGCACGAGUUGAAAAGUGCCGAGAACACGAUUCGUUCGCGAUUCUGUGUUAAAUCGGUACCGCGAGUUUCACUUGUGGAUAGCACGAGCAUCGUUGACGAAGAGUACACGCUCGGAUUAUAUAGCCAAGUACAUACCGCGGACGUAAGGCGGCACGAAAUGAGUUCACCAGAAAUUAAAUUCAUUUGUAACCCACUUGGAAAAUCCUGGGACUGUGUAAACUUGUGCUAGCUAUCGUUUCAACUUUCUCAAUCUCUGUCCCAUUUUUAAGGGGGAACUGCUGCGCUUCUUCUUCUAUAAACUUGUAUAGUCGCAAACGAACGAAUCGUUAGAAGGAAGAAACGUUGAAAGAAAAAGAGAAAUACAUGUAUAUAUAGAUCUAUUUCUCAUUAAAGAAAGAAAAAGAAAAAAAAAAAAAAUAGCAAGGAUCGUAUCAAGACCAAAGAUAAAAACCGAAGAGAGGAAAGAAAAAGAGAGAAAGAAGAUAAUAAUCAAAGAAGUGGUGCUCUUCGUCAUUUGUAAAAAGCUUCCAGAAAGAAAAGAGAAAGGAACAUUGAAAAGACAGAGUAAAGCGUGUCGUAUAAUAUAAAACGUUCUGAAUUUAAUUCAUCCGAACGGGGAUUUAAUUAAUUUUUUAUUUUUUCGAACGAAAGAAGAAGAAAGUAGAAAAGGAGAAAACGUAUCAAAAUGAGUACAAUAAGUAGCGCUCAGAAUACGUCCGUGAAGGAUUUUUAUAGGGACAGAUGCGUUUUCGUGACCGGUGUUACUGGAUUUAUGGGUAAAGUCCUCGUCGAGAAGUUGCUCAGAUCUUGUCCAGGGUUGAAAACCAUUUACGUUCUUAUAAGAAAUAAAAAAGGCCAAGACGCCCAUCAAAGGUUGCGAGCACUGUUGAAUGGGCCGCUGUUUGACAAGUUACGCCGGGACGCACCGAAUGAACUUCAGAAGGUAAUCGCCGUGCCUGGAGACAUCACAGAACACGAACUGGGUAUUUCAGAAUCCGAUCAGAAUAUUCUAAUAAGAAACGUGUCGGUCGUCUUUCAUUCCGCCGCCACCGUGAAGUUUGACGAAGCACUCAAGAUUUCGGUCACUAUUAACAUGAUCGGUACUAAACAACUCUUAAACUUAUGCCAUCGUAUGCAAAAUUUAGAGGCAUUGAUCCAUGUAUCAACAGCAUACUGCAAUUGUGACCGUACAGAUAUUGCUGAACAAAUCUAUCCUCUCAUAGCAGAACCAGAGGAAAUUUUCGCUUUGACGAAGGUGAUGGACGAUAAGAUGAUUGAUGAUAUAACACCAAUUUUAAUUGGCAAACGACCGAAUACUUAUACAUUUACUAAAGCCUUGGCAGAAAGGAUGUUGGAAACAGAAUCCGACUAUUUGCCAAUAGCAAUUGUGAGACCUACUAUAGUUCUAUCAUCGUAUAAAGAACCGGUUGCAGGAUGGUUAGAUAAUUGGAAUGGACCGACUGGAAUCAUUGCCGCUGCUGGCAAAGGUUUCUUCAGAUCUAUGCUGUGUCGUGAUGAUAUGAUAGCAGACUUAGUGCCAGUCGAUAUAGUGAUCAACUUGAUGAUAGUUGCAGCCUGGAAAACUGCAACAAAUCGCACGAAGACAAUUCCCAUAUACAACUGUUGCACAGGUCAACAGAAUCCGAUAACCUGGAAGAAGUUCGUAGAUUUAACGUUCAAGUACAGUCGAUUGCACCCAUACAACGAUGUGAUUUGGUAUCCGGGUGGCAAUUGCCAUACCUCCACUAUAAUAAAUAGAAUAUGCAUGCUCCUCCAGCACAUUGUACCGGCGCACAUUUUAGACUUCACUCGUCGACUGAAGGGCAAAACAGCCAAUAUGGUGAUAUUACAGUCGAAGCUCGAAAAAGCUACCAAAUACUUGGAAUACUUCACUAUGCAACAAUGGAGUUUCAGAGAUGACAAUGUCCGAGAAUUAAACGAACAGCUUAGUCCCGAGGAUCGACAGAUAUUUGCAUUCGACGUUAGACAAAUUGAUUGGAGUUUAUACUUGGAACACUACAUUUUAGGAAUUCGACAUUUCCUUCUCAAGGAGAACCCGGACACACUGCCAGCUGCUCGUGUACAUCUUAGGAAAUUAUACUGGAUUCACAAAGCUGUGCAAUUCGGGGUGCUAUUAGUACUGCUGCGUUUUCUAUUGUUGCGAAGUACCGUGACCCAAAACGCAUGUUAUUCACUAGUGUCCUUGGUGUUACGCAUGUGCCGUAUAAUUGUUUGACGGCUCAGAACGCUGGCUGAGGAUGACGAAAAGCGUUAUAAGAAACAACAGCUAAUUGUAAAGAAGCAUAAUCUAAUGGUGCGAGUUGUUCUCCGACUUCGUUGCUCGUUGUUUCCAACGAGCAAUUGCUAUGUUCAAACAUCCCAUCGGUUGGCCUUUUCGAUGUUUCUAUUUGUUCAUAACUAAAUUAGCGUUUGCUAGAGAUAUUCAAUUUCCACAGAGAGCGUCAG